AUUCUUACAUUUCAGUGCCUUUUCUACAUAAGGCCCCGUUUGAUUGUCGGGAAAAAUUUUUGCCCGUUAGGGCUGCUCUUCUUCGACUCUCUGCGGCUGCGUUCCUCUUCGACCGCUCGCCGUGCUCUCUACCACCACCGCCGCUCAACUCCAGCCUUCGCUCCUUUACAACCAUCAUCGCCUACACGAAGGGAACUGCUUCUGUGGUUCUUGCUGCGCUUAUUGCGGCACUAAAAUUAGUUAGCAGAUCCCUAGCUGAGCAGACCUUUCUCCUCCUUGGUACUGUUAAGGCUGGGACUGGCACUGCAGAGCUGAUUGUUCUUGGGAUAUCAGGACAGGGUAUUCAAGUUUGAAAAUUUAAAUUCAACUCAACAUGGAAGAAGCUAAAGCUCCCCUUGCUAAUGAGGAACAAUUAGAUAAUGAAAGAAAAGCACGAGUAAAUGCAAUCUGGGAGCAGAUGAAUGGGAAUAAAUCUGUUAAGGUGAAUCCAUCCUCUCUGCAGAAGAUCAGCUCUGUAUCAAACAGCGUGAAGAGGAAAACAUCUCAUAAUUGGAUGGUAACUCUUGGCCUGGGCCCAAAGAAGGAGGCGACUAAGAAGGAAGCACACGUGCCAAAGACUAGCUUGGAGAAUGGCUCAAGCGAUGAGGCCAAGAGACUUGCUGCUGCGGCUCUGGCUGCAGCCAAGGAAGUUGCUGUUUCAGCUGCUGGUAGAGGUAAAGUGGAGAUCACCGAGGUUCGGAACUUUGCUGGGGAGGAGAUUGAGGUGAAGAAGCUUGUCGAUGCCAAUUCGAAGGAGGCAUCUGAGAAGUCAAAUGCUUCCGCUGCUCCACAAUCUGGCCUGGAUGCCAUUCUUGAACAAAUAAAGAAGAAACCAAAACUCAGUGUUCUAGACAAGACUAAGAAGGACUGGGGGGAAUUUAAAGAUGAAAACAGGGGCAUGGAGGAGGAGCUUGACGCAUACAAAAAAAGCUCCAACCAGUAUCUUGAUAAGGUAUCGUUUCUAGAAAGAACUGACAUGCGGGAGUUUGAACGGGAAAGAGAAAUUCGAUUGGCGUUGCAGGCGAAACGAAGAUCUGAUGCAAAAGAAGAUUUGUAGGUUGCCUUGUGCCAAAUUAGUAUGAUCAUCGUGAUUUUGUGCUAGCUUUGACCACAAAAUGUGGGUCUUUUCCUGCGACCCGUGAUUCUUGUGGAAAAAUAUUUAAGAGAAAGAGGAAACUCGGUCCAGGAAGAUGGAGAGCAUACGCUCAGGGAAGGAUGAGGGCCUGUCUUCUCGCACCGCUGUAGUGCAUUGUUCAAUCAUUCUGUUUUCUGGGCUGGUGGAGAACUUGCUUGCAAUUAACCUAUUGAAAAGAAAUAGAAUCUCUCCUCUCUCUUUCUCUCUCUCA